AGACGGAUACAGUAGCCUUCGCUCGCUCUUCGAGCAAAAGCCGCGGAGUGCAACCUGGCGUGCACUCGAGCAGGUGGUAGAGAGAUUCUAUAAUACUGUGUGGUCGGUGAAGAAAGAUUUCAGUUCACUUCUGGGUCACGUUGUGGAAGAUAGACGCGAGGCGGACUACUACUAACCUUACCCGUGUUGCCACUGCACUUGACGGUGGCUGGUACUCCUCCAUUGAUCUACCCGCGCUGCAAGGGCUACAUAAUCAUUGUUCUAGGUUCUCGUGUGCUGGAUCCCACGCACCGCUGAAGCUAGCCCGGCACGCUCGAUCCGGGAUUAUCGCCUGCCUUCAGCGAGGACAGAAGCCGAACCUACAUUGCCUUGCACAGUCGUAAAGCUGAUUUCCGCAUCAGUUUUACAUUCACCUGUUUCGGGUAUUCACCUGCUACAAACGAGCAUUCACCUGUUACCACCGGGCAGCAGCUCUCAGCCUCGUCUAGUAUUGUACUCACGGUAGUAUUGUAGCUCCAAGUAGACCUGCUACAUAUCCUUCUCUCGCUUUUGCAACUACCGAGCAACCAAGAGGCACAUACAACGGGCACUGGCAUUGGCGUUCCUGGUGGAUAGUAGUGACUGACGAGCUGGACAGGGUGCUGCUACCCAGUGUCCCUGAACAGUCUAUCCCUGCAUCCCCCUUCGCUGACCGAUUCGUCAGAUCUCAUUGUUGCCAUUCACGGACUAGCCACAGAAGCAGGUCCCGUUUCCCCUGCAGUCUGCUGAAGGUUCAGACAGGCUUGAAAUCAGUCCAAUAUUGUCAAAGCAUCAAAACGGAUCGAAACAGAGUAGUCGCACUGCACUGGCCAAAGCAAGAGGAAGCAUCCUGGGGAAAUCCGACCUUCAUAUUAUUGUGAACUGCAUUGCGCCGGGCAACAUGACACGGACACUAUGUCAUGCGAAGUCCUGGUGGUGACAAGAACAUUGUGUGCAUUAUAACUAUCAACCAACAAGGACCAAUACCUGAUCAUCCCCACAGCAAUCAUGUCAGUGUGGGCUGAUCCACAAGUGAAGCUGGUCCUGCGUGACGUCAGGGACAGGAUGUAUAACGACUGUGACAUACUGAGAAGUGACUGCAUGUCCAAGGAACUGGUCUCCAGGAGCCAGAGUGUCACGCUACGGUCUAUAACGAAUCCUCAAAUUCAACUGGAGCAUCUCAUCUCCAUGCUGGAAGCUGGCAAUGGACAGUCAUUUCAGAUUUUUGUGGAAAUCCUCAAGGAACAUAUUGUGGUAGGCCAAGAGGAUAUUUACAAGAGGUUGAAGGAUGCAUCAUCCCAACAUGUGGGCACCAGCACAUACGACCAAGAGGUGUACCGCCUGGCAUAUUUGGAAAGUACUGGUGGUGGCUCACCACAAACCAGUGGCAAUCUUGUUUUCGACCUAAAGAAUCUGAGGUUGCUUGAUACUCGUCAUCAAUUUGUGACAAAAGGUUCCACCAAAGGACCAAAGCAAGCGGUAUCUGCCAAGGACCCAGCCACAAAGGGUGCUACUGGAUCAGCUGCAUCAGGGGAACAGUAUGAUUCAAGAGAAGAUGAGGGCAAGAUUUACAUGAAACAACGCCUGGCCAGUAGGGUUGUGAUUCUGACUGGCAACAUGGAUGCGCUGCUGGAUGCUCUGACAAGACAGGAGAUUGCAACUCCAAGGAACAUUGCGGAACUGUCAACCAUCGAACAUUCAGGAUUAUACUGCCUGACCCCAUCUAGUCACAAAAAGGAAGAUGCCAAUGAAUUGCCGAUUUACAUGAUCCUCUGCUUGCUGCCCGGUGACAGCCAUCUUCAUCAUGCUGACUUGCUAAGGUUGGCACUACGAAAGUCUCUACACGUGGUUGUGUACUACGGGCAGGAGCAUCUCCUCUCCAACCAAGCUUUCUCGCUGCAACACGGCACCCAUGCCGAAGGACAAUCAUCUACAACUGGCUCUGACCCACAGAUGGGCUUGAUAUUCAGGCCACACGGCAUGUUUGAAUGUUUCAACACCCAAGGCGUUGAUGUCCUGACUCUACUAUCGCACGUGCUAAACGAGUUCCCGACAGGCGGUUGGAUGAGCCUUUGUCACCAACCAGUUCGCCUGCACUGUGUUUUGACAGUCAACAUGUAUGUGGAGAGUAAUCUACGCCAACAAUGCCUGAAGUAUGUAAAGGCCCUCUUCAGCAAUGUCUGCUUCGUUGAUCCCUCAGUCUGCAAUGACACGUCUGAUCAAGCGACAACACAGGGUGCCUGGAAAGGAGCAUCGCAGCUGCCACUGCUACACCUCGCAAGCGUGAAAAGAUGGGAGAUGUUUUGCUUGAGAUCCGUCGACAGCGAACACUUGUUUGGAACUGAGGUGCCAAGGGACACGUCCAGCAAGUCUCCAGCUGGCAGGGCUGCACAGUCAAGGUCUAAACCAGAUCCAUUUGUCAAUCCAAUGUCGCUGCAUGACGCUUGGGGCUUGAAUGUUACUGUUCUAAUGCAGUGUGCUGAAGACAUGCAGUCUACUACGGAGCGGAUGCACGUAUCUGGGCAGCAGCAGCAACAUCAACAACUUAGGGACCAAGAAACUACCCAGGAGCUAAAAGGUGGACAGCAACAUCUGGAACAACUGCAGUGGCAGCAGCAGCAACAACAGCACAAGGAGUACGACAAGGAGGAGCAGGAGCAGGAGGAGCAAUUAAGCCACGGAGAACACAGCUAUCAGCAACAGCAGCAACAGCAGCAACAACAGCAAAAGGAGUACGACAAUGAGCACGACAAGCAGGAUGUGCAAUUAAGCCACGAAGAACCAAGCCGUCAGCAACAACCGCAAGGAUAUCAAGAGCAGCCGCAAGCCAUGAAUGAAAACACAGGCACCAAUCAAUCACAAAGGAGUCAACAGCCGUUUGAAGGAGUUUGUCUGAAAACUGUGGAAGAACCAGAUGCUGAAAGCCCCACGUCAUCGGCUGAUAAGGAAAUCCCAGACCCCAUUUCACUUGGGGAUUUGGCACGGAUCACAGAUGCUUGGAAGGGGUCCGUUCACGUCACCACCCUUCUGGCAAAGUAUGAUAACCCAGCGGUGACGCGAUUUCUCUCUCGCUUCUCUGGAUCCCCACUUCUAGUUAUUCCCGAUGCAGAUUCUGCAGACUCUCUCCACGGAAUGUGGCACUUCCAACACGGAACUGGCUUGCUACACAUCUUCCUGCUUCUCAACUUCACAAUGGAUGAAGCUCAGGAGAGAAAGACUGCUGCAGCUCUGGUAUUUGCAGCAGUAGCAUUAUCCAAUGUUUGCCUCAUGCCAUCUGCCAAGCAUGCCACGUGGGUGCAGAACAUGCAGCUGCUGCACUCCAUCCUGCGAAAGGCUGUUCCCGCUGACUGUGGCCUAGUGCCCUACUCUGACAGGAAGAAUAAAGUUGAGCCGGAAAUUCUCUCCGCUUGUCUUCUUAUUGGCGGGGAAAGGAGCAGAGAAGCUGUUGCUGAUAUAAGAGGAUCAAAAGAGCUCCAGGACCUUGCAGGCAACUUCUUCUCCGGUAUUGUUCCGGCAGCUACAAGUGGAUACGAAGCCCAAUCAAUGAAUCUCCUCUCCUAUCCACAGCGUUUCUGCCACAAAUCCUACAAAGAUCCACACCGCUUUGUGACGUGCAUCCAGCUGCUUGCCAGGGCCAUCAAACGGCAUACAGUCAAAACCAUCCACUUUGGUGUCUUCUUGGUGAAUAGGAAUCGAAAAUUCCUCUGGAGGCUUGACCAACUAGCUCGCUUCGGAAAAAUUCCAUCUGAGGAGGAUGAUGAAGGUUACAACUGCCCUGAAGUGAAGAACUUCUGUGAGGAAAGGUGCCUCAUGUUCCACCCUGAAGUGAAGAACUUCUGUGAGGAAAGGUGCCUCAUGUUCCAGCUGGACGCCCUUCCGCAAUUCAAAGACGUUGUCAGUGGAGAGAUUGGUCAGCUUCCUGGAGAUGAUUUCUCCAUGCCAGAGGGUGAUGCUGAGAGUGAAGUGCCUAUUCCGCCUUCAUAUGAGCAGCAAAGGCGCCAAGCCAAGAUGGGUGCAUACGCUAUCAUGCAGACAAAGUGGGCGUUGAGAUAUGAGCAGCAAGGCCAACAAGGAAAUGCAUACAGAGAAGAGUCGUCGUUCUUCCAGAGGGUGGCCGAUCUUGUUGAAGAUGAUCACAAAAGGUCUCUUACCCUCAGAAAGCAGGCCGUUGCGGAGUGGCUGCAAUGUGGCACCAACAAGGAGGAGUCUGUUAGUUCAGCACCGCAAAAAACACAGAUAAAGAAGUACGAGGAUGGUCUCGAGGAAGCGGCAAAAGGCUUGUGCAAGGAGCAGUGCAGUCAUGGCUGUCAUUUUCUGUGCUUGUAUCCAAAGAAGCAUGGUGACAGUGAGCAUGAUUGCUUUACCCACUGGGAUAUGCAUAACCCUACUGGCAAGCAUGCCUGUCGGGCAGAUUGUGAGCUGUGCUUUGAAUACUGCGACCUUCAGCCAGGGCAUGAACAUGACGCCACCAACAAUGAUCCGCGACAUUUGUGUGCAAACAGGAUGACCAUUCAUCUGUGCGUACGACCCUGCAUCUACCAGGGUGCAAGAAACUGCCUGCAGGAAUGCCAUCUAUUCCAAGGCCACCCUGGCGAGUGCUGGUGCCGUACUGAUAAAGACGAACAUCUCUGUGCAACCCCAUGCCAGUUCCAUGAACAGCCGCAGUGUGGGAAGCUGUGCACAGAGAAAUUCCGACAUCUUUCUGGUCAUCAUUUGUGUGCCUGCAAUCAUGUGUGCAUCAAACCAUGCAACAUCCCUGGGGCAUGCUGCAAGCAAGCUGAGCAACCCGACGGAGGCAUGCGCUACCCGGGAACUGUGGAUGGUUGGCGACGCAAGUGCACGACGAAAAUCCCCGCAGGCAGUGCACAGCACGUAGGUGAUAAACACACAUGUGGUCUAGAUUCUUCGGAUCACCUCUGUGGUAAAUCCUGCCCAUGGUGCCUUCAAUGCUGUGACACGAAGAAGUCCAGCAGGCAUGAUGUUUGCAGUACCGGCCAUGGAACAGUUCACCAAGAUCAUGCUGAAAAGUACCAGAUUAAGCUGCUGAGCUCAGAACAGCCAGCUAGUGUGAGCACUCUGGUUGAGUCGCAAACAUCGAUAAGUUGCUCUGAUGUUUGCAAGAAAGCUGGUGAUCGCCAUCGACACAUCUCCAAUGGUAGUGUGGUCCUGCAUUCUGAAUUCUGGAAGUAUCUCCGAGUUGAAGAUCCCUGCACUGAGGAAGAUGGCAUCACCAGCAAAUUCCACCUUUGCCGAGCACAAUGUGAGGUAUGCCAGGAAUCCUAUUGUGAAGAAGAAGUGACCCAAGUGCACCAAGACCGCGACCGCCAUCCAUCAAGUGAAAGAAAGCCACCAUCAAUGAACAAUGGUAUAUUUGAGUAUAUCAGCACAAACAAAUGCAAGAAACCCGGACAUCGCUUCAAGUGCCAGGAAAGGCACAGUUGUAAUGACAAGUGCAAGCACCCUGUACCUCGAAAGGUUUCACUAUUCGUCACGCAAGUCAGUGUUGGCACAACUACUUGUGACCAGAAGUGUUUGCAUGAUCUCGGUCAUGAUAUUGUGGAGGGAAGUAGCUGCAAAUGCGGUGGCCGUCAUGCCUGUGGCAAGCCAUGCAAGGGAAACAAUAACUGCCAGGAGACGGUGUUGUGAGGAUGAGGACAAAGAGCACGAUGUUCAGGACUGCGGGAAGAAGGAAUGCAAAGUUCCAUGUGGUGUGAAACAAUGUAGUCGCAAGAACUGCGGUAACACUAAUCCUGUAAAUCCAUGCAGGGCAGCUUCUGGCCACAGCAAGAGGUGUAGCAUGCAAUAUUGUGGCAAACCAUGCAAGGCCGAAGAACAUUUCCACGAGUUGUCCAGUGAAAUUCCACACAACUGCGGGAACCACAAGUGCAGAAGGCCAUGCACAGGUGCUGGGCAGUGUCCGAAUGGAACACCGGGCAGUUGUCGUUCACCAAUCACCAAACCAUUGGCGGAUGUGCCUCAUGAUGGCAAUUGCGACAUUUCUUGUGACGGAGAACACAGAUGUGAUGUAAUCUGCACUGGUUGUCGCAAGUACGUGUGCGAAAAGCCGUUUGGUCACGGAGGAAAUGAGCACGACUGUGGAGAGAAGCGUUGCUGUCACACAUGUGUUAUCAAGCAAUGUGUUAAUUGUGGAGCAAUCAAAACAAAGCAGGACCCAGCACCAAGGUGCCGAGUGAAAGUCUGGACAAUGUAAUAUGCGAAAAUGUAUAACGGACUGCGCAAGCACUGACCACUUCCACAAACCAAGUGAUGGUGAAUACCACUACUGUGGGACGCAUACCUGUAACAAGAAAUGCACUCUUAACGGCCAGUGUCCUAGAGUAAUGACCAAAGGCAAGAAGGGUACGUGUGGAGAACUCAUGAAAGAACCAUGGACCAAUGACGAACAUGUCUGUCAAUUCUCCUGUGGCGGUGAACAACGAGAACACAAGUGCGGGGGAACAUGCAAAGGUUGUGCUGGUAAAUUUCCAUGCACGAAGCCUGCUACCCCUCAACAUGAACACCAUCACUGUGGAAAUGACCGCUGUGUUGAUCAAUGCCAACUGGAGAAAUGCUCGAUGUGUUCAGCAGGUGCAGUCUUUCCACAACAGCAGUGCAAGGUCUCGGGUAACUGCGUUGGAGGAAUAUGUGAGUCAACAUGCAAAAAGGACCACUUCCAUCGCCGUAAUGGUUUGCACAACUGUGGAGAGCACACUUGCCCCAAGAAGUGUACAUUGCCUGGCUGCCCUACAACAGAUGGCAGUAGGGGUACCUGCACUGAAACGGUUACACAGCGUUCCAUCGGCGGCCAAUGCCAUUCAACACCAUGCAAGUUCUCGUGCGGUGAGGACCCCAAGAAACACACAUGCAGCGAACCUUGCAGCAGGUCCAAGCUAUUCAUUUUCUCAUGCGGUAAACCCUGCGCAGUGCCAUUGCCACAUGACACCCACAAGUGCAAGUCGCAUCGACCAACGUCAGGUGCUUCUCCUACAGUGACUGAUACCAGCGAGGAUGACGUAGAAAUUCUCCAACUUCUGAGCAAAGUGAGGAUGGACGAUUACAGCCAAUCAAUGUCAAAUGAAAGCAUGUACAGAACCAUGGCUUGGAGACUUAUCAACAAAAACGGCAAACCUAAAGCAGGCGAUCAGCUUCGUCUUGAAACAAAAUUGAAGCAGGAAGUAUCCAAGUUGCGUCAGAAAGCCAUGACAAUCUAUGACAAUGUUUGGAAACGACCACGGCAUGCAGAUCAUUUAGAGGCGCACUUGCAAGAGGCAUACUCUGCAUGGCCCGCUUUUGAAACAUAUCACAAGUCAUUCUUCAACGAUCAAGACUUUGGUCCUCGCAAACCAGAUCCGCCACCAUUCCGCGAAGUCGAAAGUAGUGUUGAAAAUGGUGGCAAGAAAAGCAGCGCAUCUGUUAGUGCCCAAGGUGGAGGAGAUGGACAAGGUGGAGACAGUCGAGUUAGCAAUGACAGUGGUGAUGCUGGCGAUCAAACACCAGAUGGUGGCAGUAGUGGAGAAGGCGAUCUGAUGAAGUUCCCCUAGAACUACAGGCUACCCUCAGCCUGGUGUCAUCGACAUGUUCAGCACGUGCAUCACAUCGUCUGCUGGCGAACGCGGAUAUACAUGGUAGAUCACGUAACUGUGGCAAGCAGCUCUGUCUUGCAAAAGGACAUUCAGUUCUGCUGCAGCUUCGUACUCAAUGAGUGGUGCGGACCCUGUCAUCGGCAUGUACAACUAUACGCUACUCAAUUCCCUAAUCCAUGUUUUUUUUUAUUCCUUUAAUUUUCAGUUCUGUUCCAAUUUCAAUAUCAUUCACAGCACUCUCGUUUGUCAUGAAUCUGCUGCUAAAACACUGUACAGUACAGUUUCACAUAUGCAGAUUGAAAAUAGCUAACAAGCUUCCCGCAAGUUCCCAAAUGUCUUGUGCUUUGCCAUUUGAGAAACACACCAGGACGCACGCGGUGUAUGAGCUCAUCCUGUGAUCCAGUUGCUGCGAAUCAUACAGUUACUUGUCCAUUAGAUUCUGUUUAUCUGUUCCCCAUGUUUGUACCGUCAGCGUGCUGCCUUCUCUGUACACUCUUGUUUUCCUGCGUAUCAAAUUUCCAUUUUCUGAACACGACCAUAGUUUUUCU